CUGCCGGUGAACCGGAUGCGCUGUCAGUCUCCUCCUCCGCGUCCUUAGCCUCCACCCAGCUCCCUGGAGAAGCCGCUGCCACCCUGAGGCCUUGGCCAAGAGGCUGCUGGCGACUGGCCCGGCGGGCGCGGGCACGGUAGGAGCUGGGCGCGCACGGCUACCGCGCGUGGAGGAGACACAGCCCUGCGGCCAUGGGUGCCAGGGCCGCUCCUUCACGCAGGAGACAAGCGGGCCGCAGGUUGCGCUACCUGCCUACAGGCAGCUUUCCCUUCCUCCUCUUGCUGCUGCUGCUCUGCAUCCAGCUCGGGGGCGGACAGAAGAAAAAGGAGAACCUUUUGGCUGAAAAAGUAGAACAGCUGAUGGAAUGGAGUUCCAGGCGCUCGAUCUUCCGAAUGAAUGGCGACAAGUUCCGGAAGUUCGUAAAGGCCCCACCUCGAAACUACUCUAUGAUUGUUAUGUUCACUGCUCUCCAGCCUCAGCGGCAAUGUUCUGUCUGCAGGCAAGCUAAUGAGGAAUAUCAAAUCCUGGCUAAUUCCUGGCGUUAUUCAUCUGCUUCCUGCAACAAACUGUUCUUUGGAAUGGUGGACUAUGAUGAAGGAACAGAUGUUUUCCAGCAGCUCAACAUGAACUCUGCUCCCACAUUCAUGCAUUUUCCCUCCAAAGGCAGACCCAAGAGAGCAGAUACUUUUGACCUUCAACGAAUUGGAUUUGCAGCUGAACAGCUAGCAAAAUGGAUUGCAGACAGAACGGAUGUCCAUAUUCGAGUUUUCAGGCCACCCAACUACUCCGGCACCAUUGCUCUGGCCCUGUUAGUAUCGCUGGUUGGUGGCUUGCUCUAUCUAAGGAGGAACAACUUGGAGUUUAUCUAUAACAAGACUGGUUGGGCCAUGGUAUCUCUGAGCUACAUUCAUGGGAGCAGCCAGGCUCAGUUUGUGGCAGAGUCACACAUCAUUCUGGUACUGAAUGCUGCUAUCACCAUGGGGAUGGUUCUUCUAAAUGAAGCAGCAACUUCCAAAGGGGAUGUCGGAAAAAGACGGAUAAUAUGCCUCGUGGGAUUAGGCCUGGUGGUCUUCUUCUUCAGUUUCCUACUUUCAAUAUUCCGUUCAAAGUAUCACGGCUAUCCAUACAGCUUUUUAAUUAAAUGAAGCCAAGUAGGAUUCACAUACAGUGAGUUUCCUGUGAAGAGAAGCUGUUCCACACAUUUUCUUAUUUGGAAUUGUUGGAUUCAUUCUCUGUUGAUUGUGAUACGCUAGCUUAUUCUUGUAUGAUUUUUUUAAACUGUGGAUUUUCCUAAAAAAUUUAAUUUAUAGAAGUGGAUAUGUAAUAUUGAGUAAUCCACAAUGGAACAUCAAGUGUUUUCCAGUAUUCAGUGUAUGCUACAGGAGUGAAAUAAAUAACAAUGUAACUAUGAAAAUGUGUUUUAGAACUGUUUGCCCUUUAGUAAAGGAACCACAUGUUAGUAAAGGAAUCCGUGGAAUGUAUGUAAAAGAAUUAUUAGCAUUGUACAAGGCUAGACCAUAUGCAUGAAAUGUGUCGUGUGGACAUUCUUACUGCUGUUUCUCUUAUAAAGGACAUGCACUGUUACAAACGUGUGUCUUAUUCUUGCUGCAAGUAGAUCAUGAGUCACAAAGGACAAAGAGCUGGGUAAACAUUAAUGUCAGGUUUCGUUACAAGAACCCACAUCAGGUGACUUAGAACCAGUUCCAGGGCUCUCUAUAACCUACUUUAAAUCCUCAGGUUGCAUACCCAUUUGUUGACAGAUCUAUCUCUAGAUAGAUAGAUAGAUAGAUAGAUAGAUAGAUAGAUAGAUAGAGAUAUGAGUGCAGAAAUAGGCACAAAGAAUUAAUCAUCAUCUUUGAUCAUCAAACCAUCCUAACAAGAAAGGCAUGUCAACUAAUAAUAAUUGGGAUGUCUUGUUCUUGUUCCCUGACUUUAACGAGUCCCUUACUCAACCUUGUGCCUUUCUGAACUUUAUAUUGUUUCCAAGUUGUUUUUUUUAGCUAAAAUCCAUUAACAAAACAUCUUAACCUAGCCUUCAGUCAUAUUUAAAGCUUUGUUUUAGCUAUGAUGUACACCAAAACUCAUGAACACAAUUCUUAACAAUUAAGACUUAAAAAAAAAUGUGAACUAACUCAGCUUCUGGGACACAAUUGUUUUUCUUAAUCAUUAGCCUAAGUUGUUGGGAGCUGUGAACCCCCACAUCCUGAAACAACUUAUUUUCCCCUUAUCUGAGUGCCUACAGCUGCUCUGCACGAGACCCUCAGGAG